AUGAACCCAGCGUUUUCCUUUGCCAUGUGCCUGAUAGAGCAGUUUCCCUGGUGGAAGUUUCCUAUCUUUGUGGUUGUGCAGACCUUGGGAUCUUUCAUAUCUGCUGGAGCUGUUUACAUCCUCUACUAUGAUGCCAUCUGGCACUACAGCAACGGGACCCUUACUGUCUCUGGCCCCCGAGAAACUGCCUCCAUCUUUGCCACUUACCCGGCUGACUACGUGUCCAUCGCCAAUGGCUUCUUGGACCAGGUGGGUGCCACUGUCAGCUCCCCCAGCCUCCUCAGUCCCCAUGGUGCUGAGCUGCUGCGUUGUCCUUGCAGGUGA